AAGCAUUCACCAUCACCACCCCCUGCCAUUUCCUUCCUGGUUCUGAUUGCUUGGCGACAUUGCGUCCUCGGUCUCAGCAAUUGUGAUGGCCUCGUUUCUCGUCGCUGCUCCCCUGGCGCUGGUGCUGGCAGUGCUGCCGCUGGCAGCCGCGGCGUCGGCCCCGCUUACCAUGUCCACCGUCAUCUCCUUCUGCCCCGACGAGCACUUCUCCUGCGCCUCCCCGUCCACUGUGCGCGCGCCCUCCUCGCCCGCCGACUGCGUGCCCUUCUUCCCCGACCACGCUGACGUGGCAGCCAGCUACGUCAUCGUGUGGGAUGCUCAGCGUGGCAUCAGCGCGCCGCAUUCCGUGUGUCGCGCGCUCACCUUCUGGGACUCCUCCGACUGCGCGCGCUCCUCCGCGUCCUUCUCCGUCGACAUGCCCGGGGAGCUCCUCUCCCCGCCCGGCACCACUCCCCCCGACACCAUCGCCGCCGCUCGUCGGGCCGAGGCUCAUUCGCACAGCGCUACGAGCGGCUACUUCGGCCCCACUCCCACGUAUGCUUCGAUUGGCUCCGUGAGUUGCGCGCAAGUGGACGAGAUCGAGCCGCUCAUCCACGCAGCGUCCGCGCACCGGCCGUCGGACUUGCAGCCACUUCCGGUCACCACGGUGUACGAGCCGGCCGCCAGUGAAGGCGCGUGCUCCUGCAGCGCCAUGCCCACCGUCGCCAUCGUCGCACUGUCCGUCGCCGCUUUCUGCGUCAUCUUCGCCGCCGCUGCCAUCGCAUUCGCCCUCUCUGCCGUGCGCCACGCGAACCGUGUCGCCAGCGACGCCGCAGCCGCGACGGUGGCAGCAGCAGCGGCGAGAGGAGGCGCGAAGGGGGCGGCGGCAGACGAGGCGGAGCCGCUGGCGAAACAGGGCGCGCUGGCGGGCGCGGCGAGAAGCGGAGGGCUGCUGGGAACAGCGCGCGUGCACGACGUGAGCGGCGAGGACGGCGUGGUUGGCGCUGUCUGAAGAAGCAAAGCCUUUUUGGCGGCUCCUACUCUGUUCCCAGCUAACGAAUCUGUUGGCCUGACACUUGGGCUUACAGGAAGGAAUUUCAUUGUGAAGCACCUAUUGCAGGAGCAGCACGGUGGCAUUGCGCCUAGGUUGGUGAUGUUAAUAAGUGUCUACCACUGAAUCCAAAGUGCGUAUGUGAGUCAAUGUAGCAUUGACUCCACCUGGAUUUAGGGUGUGGCUUGUGUAACAUACCAUGUCGGAGUGACUGUGUACAUGUCAGGUGAUCCAAGACCUGUUUGGAUGAAUCUGCCGGUAGUUCUUUGUAUGCUCUUUGCGAAAGUUGAAGCCCGAGCCGCCAGUUCUAAGUGUAAGUAAGGAGUUUGGAA